CACAAUCUUUUCGGAGUGAGAGGAAGAACAAAACAACUCAUCCCUGCUCCCAUCAUGAACUAGUGCUUACAGGAUGGAUUCAGCAGGCAUUUGUAAUGCUAACAUCUCUUCAGCAAAAUGACGACUAAGCUAAAAAGCUCAGUUAAAAAUUGAGAGUCGCCAACUGCCACAAUGAAAACUUUGGUUUUACUGACAACUUGGUUGCUCUUUAUGUCUUCUUCUCUAUGCCAGAAAGAAAGUAACCACACAGUCCCUAAAACUUUCCACAGCACUGUACAAGAUGGAUAUGAGAAAAUACCACCUUCCUGCAUAGAAGAAGUGAAAAAGACCAUUCAGAACAAAGACAAUAAGUGCACCUCAGUGAACUCCAACAUCUCAACUCUGAAAAUAACCAAUGUCACAAAGGAAUACUUCACCAGCUCCCUGAGCACCAAGCUAAUACCAGCUAUAUAUAUAGCUGUUGUUUUAAUAGGAGUGCCAUCAAAUGCCAUCACUCUAUGGAUGUUGUUUUUCAAAAUAAGAUCUGUCCGUACUGCUAUAUUUUACACGAACUUGGCCAUUUCAGAUUUCCUAUUCUGUAUCAUGCUGCCAUUCAGAAUCACAUACCACCUCAAUGGCAAUAACUGGUUAUUUGGAGAAGCCAUGUGCCGGAUCAUGACUGCCAUCUUCUACGGCAACAUGUAUUGCUCUACUCUACUUCUCACUUGCAUCAGCCUUAGCCGUUACGUGGCCAUUGUCCAUCCAUUUACUUACAGAAAUCUGCCUAAGCAACUCUUAUCCACAUUCACCUGUGGGACAGUAUGGACACUCGUUUUCUUAUACAUGAUACCUUUGAUCAAAACAAAACAAAGCUAUACUCUGGAGAAACUAAAUAUCACUACCUGCCAUGAUGUGUCUAACAACUGUGAAACCUGGGCACAUCUCCAACACUAUUACUUCAUUUUUCUAGCAGUAGGUGGAUUCCUGAUUCCUCUUUGCAUUGUUAUUUUUUGUUAUGUUUCAAUUAUUCGGACACUCAAAGCUUACAAUCUGAAGUGGUUCUGGUACAUCAAAAUCAGUCUCCUCAUCCUUAGCAUUUUUGCUGUGUGCUUCACUCCCAGCAAUAUCCUAUUGAUUGCUCAUCAUAUCAAUUACCACUAUAAUUCUAAAGACAGUUUGUAUGGCUUUUAUCUUAUUGCUUUAAGUCUCAGUAGUCUGAACAGUUGUCUUGAUCCAUUCCUUUACUUCCUGAUGUCCAAAAUUAACAGCAACAACAAUGUAGUUUGUCUCCCCACAAUUAAAACAAUCCGGAGAGGACAAACAUGACACCAUUCACCUUUCUGAUAUAUGACACAAUUGUACAUAUGUAAUGUAUUAUAAGAUACAGUAUUUAAGAUUUCUAUUUUUAUAACAAACAAUAAAAUUCAAAUAAUAUGAAA